AUGGGGAAACACACUGGGGCCGAGUCUUCAAGACCCAUAAGUCCUCGCCCCGGGUCUGGUCGCUUAGGGGUCAGCGGCGGGAGAGCACAGCAUCUGGAAGGGAAGGGCCAGGAAAUCCGUAGAGCGGCGGGAGCGUCUCGGCAGGGCUUCCCAGGGCUUUCCCGGCGGCGAGCUAGCGCCGGCCCCGGGGCUAAGGACCCGUUGCGGGGCGCAGCCGUGUGGAAGCCACGCCGAGAGGCAGGGGGGUGUGGAGCCCGGGCCGAGGCGGCGCGGGAGCCGAGGGAGGAUCCCGGCGGGCGAGGUGUGGGCGGCGCCCGAUCGCCCGCGCCCCGGCCGCGCCCUGGGCACCGGGGGCGCUGUCGCCUGUCGAACGCACAGCUCCGGCGGCGGCGGCGCGAGGCCGAGCCUGGCGUUCCCCGGGGGUGCCCGGCCAGCAGCGCAGUCCGGGCCGCCCACCCCGGGAGCCGCGAUUGCCUGGGAGCCGCGGAGACACAGAAGAGAGAGGAGAGAGAGAGAGAUUGGAGGCGGCGGCUCAGCCCGCGGGUGCGCGGGGCGCGGGAGGCGGAGCGCAGGGCUGGGUGGCCGCCGGCGAGUGUGCUCGCCCGGCCGGAGAGCUGCGGGGCGGAGGACCGGCACCCGGAGCGCCCGCCUGGCCUCCGGCGCGCGGCUGGCUGCGCCGCUGCUGCACAGACACACACCCACCGAGAGCCACCGAGCGCCACCGAGCCCCCGCCGCCCCCGCCCGCCGCCCGCCGCCGCGCCUCGGGCUGCGGGAUCCAGAGCCAAGUCCCGGGCUGGCGCGGAGCGCAGAGCACCGCUUGA